AUGGUUCUCCAGUAUUAUGCGAUCACUAUUGCUCUUGCAGCUUUGGCGCAAGGAUAUGCUGACCCCGGAAGUUGUUCGGGUGCUUGUAUCGUUUCUGAUCCAUCCGUGAUCCGGAGAGUCUCUGAUGGCACGUACUUCCGAUUCUCGACUGGAGAUGAGAUCCUCUAUGCCAGUGCCAGUUCCCUCGCCGGCCCCUGGACGACCCUCGGAUCCUUGUUGCCUGAUGGAUCAUCGAUUGACCUGGACGGAAACACUGACUUGUGGGCUCCUGACGCUCAGAGAAUCAACUCACAGUACUAUGUCUACUAUGCAGUCUCAACCUUCGGAUCGCAAGACUCUGCCAUUGGUCUUGCGACCUCCGACACAAUGGAGUUAGACUCUUGGACCGACCACGGCUCCAUCGGCGUCCAAUCCAGCUCUUCAAAGGACUACAAUGCCAUUGAUCCCAACGUCAUUGUCGUCGAUAGUACCGGCUACCUGAACUUCGGUUCAUUCUGGGGGGACAUCUUCCAAGUCGAACUGAAGUCUAGCGCAAAGAAGGCCACUGGUACUUCGUACAACAUUGCUUUCGACUCAUCUGGCACUCAUGCCGUUGAAGGCUCGUACAUGUAUCAGGAUGGAGAUUAUUACUACCUCUUCUACUCUGCCGGAACUUGCUGCAACUAUGAUACUGACCUACCUUCUUCUGGCUCUGAGUACAAGAUUAAGGUCUGCCGUUCAAAGUCGUUCACUGGCAAUUUUGUUGACAAGGAUGGUACUUCUUGCACUGAUGGCGGUGGCACUAUUGUUCUAGAAAGUCAUGGAACAACUUAUGGACCUGGUGGACAGGGUGUCUUUGAUGACCCUACUUAUGGACCUGUCCUUUACUACCAUUAUAUCAAUACUGAUAUUGGCUAUGCCGAUGCUGACAAGCAGUUUGGAUGGAACCCAAUUUCCUUUUCGUCUGGCUGGCCUGUCGUUCAGUCUGCUUAG